AUGGCUGAGGCGGUUGUUUCCUUUGUGGUUGAAAGGCUCGGAGACUUCAUCAUCCAAGAAGGGGAGUUCUUGUAUGGAGUCAACGACCAAGUUGAGCUUGCAAAAACUGAGCUACAGUUGAUGCAGGGUUUCCUCAAAGAUGCUGAUGCAAGACAAGGAGAUGAUGAAACUGUUCGUAUCUGGGUUGCGAAAAUUAGAGAUGCUGCUUAUGAUUUGGAAGAUGUGGUUGAAACCUAUGUGCUGAAAGUGGUGUCCAAGAGGGAAGGUGGUUUUAAGAGUAUACUGAAAAGGUUUGGUCGCAUGUUCAAGGAAGGAGUUGAUCUUCACAAAAUUGGGUCGGAAAUUCAGAACAUUACAACCAAUAUUUCUACUUUAAGGUCUCGUUUGGAAGCUUACAACAUCAGACAGAUAAGGGAUAGUGGAGGUGUCGCUUCUGUGUAUGAGAGGCAGCAACGACUAAGGCGGACAUACUCUCAUAUCGUUGAACAUGAUGUUGUUGGCCUGGAGCAUAGCGUGAAAGAAUUGGCCAUGCAUUUGGUCAGAAGUGGAGACAGCCAUCGAGUUGUUUCUAUUUGGGGAAUGGGCGGUUUGGGGAAAACAACUCUUGCAAAACAGGUUUAUCAUGAUAAUGAAGUCAGACAACACUUUGAUUGUUUUGCUUGGGUUUGUAUAUCUCAACGAUGUCAAGUACGAGAUGUUUGGGAAGAAAUCCUUGUCAAAGUUUCUGCUAUGCAUAGAACAGAGAUUUCUCAAAUGAAUAACGGAGAAAUAGCCAAGAAGCUUCAUCUUGCACAGCGAGAGAGUAGAUGUUUGGUAGUACUUGAUGACAUAUGGAGUGUUGAGACCUGGGAGUCUCUGAAAGCUGCAUUUUCACUGUGUGAGAAAACUAAGAGCAGAAUAUUACUCACCACGCGGAAUGAAGAGGUAGCUCUGCAUUCAGACAGGAAUGGUUUCCUCUUCCAACCUCGACCACUGAAUGACCAUGAAAGUUGGCAACUGUUGGAGAAGAUAGCAAUUUUUGGUAGAGAUGAAAUAGAUUCCACAACUUUCACAAGGAUGAAAGACCUAGGGAAAAAGAUGCUUCAACAAUGUGCUGGUCUCCCAUUAGCCAUUACUGUGCUCGCAGGACUUCUGGCAAGAAAGGAGACAGUUGAUGAAUGGGAUACGGUGCAAACAAAUGUUGAUGUGUACAUUAGAAGAGGCAAAGGCUCUGAACAAGAAUACAGAGGAGCAUUGUGGGUGCUGGCAUUAAGUUAUGAUGAUUUACCAUAUCACUUAAAACCCUGUUUUCUGUAUUUAGGCCAUUUUCCUGAAGAUUUUGAGAUACCGGUGAAAAGAUUGACUCAAUUAUGGAUUGCAGAAGGUUUUAUAUAUGCAUCACAAGAAAGAAUAACAAUGGAGGAUGUAGCUUAUGGCUAUUUAAAUGAGUUGGUAGAAAGAUGUGUGCUACAAAUUUCAGAACAGGGUUCUGUAAGAAAGAUUAAAUCUUGUCAUCUUCAUGAUCUCAUGCGAGACUUGUGCUUAGAAAAGGCGAAACAGGAGAACUUUCUCCAGAAUGUCAAUUUUUCACAUCAAAACAUGACUUCUAUUUCUUCUUCCAUGGUAGCCAAUGCUGCAGCAACAGUUAAAGUUCGAAGACUUGCAAUCUACUUGGAUGAGAAUGCCGAUGAAUUGGUUCCAUUGAGAAACCACAAAGACAGCCACCUUCGGUCACUACUGUACUUUUACCCAGGAUAUUAUUGGAUUCUCAGAAAUGAGAAGUUAGUAGAAUUGCUGUUUAAGAAGUUCAAAUUGCUUCGAGUUUUGAAGCUUGAAGGGUGGAGAACCCCGGUAGAAUUGCCGAAUGAGAUUGGCAACAUGGUCCACUUGAGAUUUUUGAGUCUGAGUUAUAGUCGUAUAACAAGGUUUCCAUCCUCCUUGGGUAAAUUGAUAUGUUUGCAAACUCUUGAUUUGAAGCAUUGUGACACCGAUGUAAUUCCAGAUGUGAUUUGGAAGAUGACAGAACUCAGGCAUUUAUAUUUACCCCUCUAUUGGACGGCAAAACCUAAGCUGCGACUGUCUACUCUUCAUAACUUACAGACUUUAGAUCAUGUUUCAAGUCUCUGUUCUGACCUGAAUGAUCUCUCUGAGUUAAGAAACCUGAGGAAACUGGGGAUACGAGUGACAAGCAGCUUGGAAAAACUGGAGGAAACUUUGAAAUCAAUAAGCAACACAGUUGAUGGCAUUCGAUCUCUGUUUCUGCAUAACUUACUUGGAAACGAUAGUGGUACGGAGGUUACACAAAUACUGUCAGGUUGUCGUAAAAUAUACAAGUUGGACUUGAAUGGACGAACUGUAGAGUUGCCCAAUUAUCUUCAUGACUAUCCAAACCUCACGAAGAUAACAUUGUGUCGUUGUGAUCUGAAUGACAACCAAAUGACAGUGCUAGAGAGGCUGCCAAACCUAAAAACUCUCUGCAUUAUGGAAGAUACUUUCGAGUACCAGAACACAAAGACCCUUGUUUUCUCCAAAGGUGGCUUUGCUCGUCUUGAAUGCUUUUCCCUUAUCUGCGCGCAUGAAAUAGUGAAUCUGCAGGUGGAGCAAGGAGCCAUGCCUAGUCUCUGCCGUUUGUACAUUAAACGUUGCUGGGGAUUGAAGACAAUUCCAGAUGGGCUGAGAUACGUUACUACCCUCAAGAAACUAACCGUAGAAAUGCCUAUCUCAUUUGUUAGCAGGCUUCAAGUUGGAGGAGAGGAUUACUAUAAAAUCCAACACGUGCCUUCUGUUAUACUCACGAGUUACUAG